AUGAAGCCCUUUCGCUUUGUUGCAUACCAGUCACCUUCAAUUCGUUCCACAGCUAGCUUCUGUGCAGUUCGGCCGGUAGCUUUUUUCCACUGCCACCGCCGUUACCCCUCCCCCUCCUUGCUUUCCUCCCGCUCCCACUACCCAAACUCCUCCCACCACCGCACCCUCACCACCACCCGUCACGUCUCCCGGGCACAAGUCCUCGUACCCUCGAAAAAGAACAAGCCCUCGUCCGCCGCCGCGUCCUCCAAGAUGACGACCACCGCGACGACCCUCAAGGGUCAGCCUCUCGACAGGCAGACCCUCGACGCCAUGCUGCGUCGACGUCUCUUCUUCACCCCGGCCUUUGAGAUCUACGGCGGCGUCGCUGGCCUCUUCGACUACGGCCCCCCGGGUUGCGCCUUGCAGGCCAACAUCGUCGAGACAUGGCGCAAGCACUUUAUCCUCGAGGAGGACAUGCUCGAGAUCGACACCACCGUUCUGACCCCGCACGAGGUCCUCAAGACCUCUGGCCAUGUUGACAAGUUCGCCGACUGGAUGUGCAAGGACCCCAAGAACGGCGAUAUCCUGCGCGCCGACCACUUCGUCGAGGACGUUCUCGAAGCCCGCCUCAAGGGUGACAAGGAGGCCCGCGGCCAAAAGGUUGAGGAGGACGACGACCCCAAGAAGAAGAAGAAGAGAAAGACAAAGACCGAGGCCGUCAAGCUCGACGACGCCGUCGUCCAGGAGUACGAGGAGAUCUUGGCCAAGAUCGACAACUACAACGGCGAGGAGCUCGGUGAGCUCAUCAAGAAGUACGACCUCAGAAACCCCAAUACUGGCAUCCAGCCCUCGCCCCCCGUCGCCUUCAACCUCAUGUUCCAGACCGCCAUCGGCCCCAGCAGCAACCUUCCCGGUUACCUGCGCCCCGAGACCGCCCAGGGCCAAUUCCUCAACUUUGCCAAGCUCCUCGACUUCAACAUGCAGCAGAUGCCCUUCGCCUCGGCCUCCAUCGGCAAGUCCUACAGAAACGAAAUCUCCCCGCGCGCCGGUCUCCUGAGAGUGCGCGAGUUCCUCAUGGCCGAGAUCGAGCACUUUGUCGACCCCGAGGGCGGCAAGAAGCACAUUCGCUUCCCCGAAAUCGACACCGUCGAGCUCACCCUUCUGGACCGCCACACCCAGCUGGCUGGCAAGACCGCGGUCAAGAAGAUGACCAUUGGCGACGCCGUGAGCAACAAGGUAGUCGACAACGAGACCCUCGGCUACUUCCUCGCCCGCAUUCACCUCUUCCUGCAAAAGAUUGGUGUCGACAUGACCAAGGUCCGCUUCCGCCAGCACAUGGAGAACGAGAUGGCCCACUACGCCGCCGACUGCUGGGACGCCGAGCUCCUCACCUCCUCCGGCUGGAUCGAGUGCGUUGGCUGCGCUGACCGUAGCGCUUACGACCUUUCCGUCCACGCCAAGAAGACUGGCGCCCCCCUCGUCGUGCGCGAGCGCCUGGACGAACCCCUCAUCUUCGAGGAGUGGCAGGUUGAGAUUGACAAGAAGAAGUUUGGUCCCCAAUUCAAGAAAGACGGCAAGACCGUCGAGGCCGCCCUCGAGGGAACCACCCAGGAGCAGCGCGAGAAGCUCGCCAAGCAGCUCACCGACAGCGGCGAGCUGGAGCUUGAGGUUGCCGGCGUCGGCAACGGCACGGUCAAGGUCAGCAAGGACCUUGUCAAGAUUGAGUUCAGAAAGCGUGUCGAGAACACCAGGGAGUUCACCCCCAACGUCAUCGAGCCUUCCUUUGGUAUCGGCCGUAUUCUGUACUCUUUAAUUGAGCACGUCUACUGGAACCGCGCCACCGAGGAUGGUGGUGACGAGGCCCGUGGAGUCCUCUCCUUCCCUCCAACAGUCGCCCCUACAAAGGUCCUGAUUGUGCCCCUGUCGGCCAACAAGCAGUUCCAGCCCUUUGUCAGCAAGAUCUCGCAGAAGCUGCGCAAGUUCGGCAUCUCGGCUCGCGUGGACUCGUCUUCCGCCACCAUCGGCAAGCGUUACAGCCGCAACGACGAGCUCGGCACGCCGCUGGGCAUCACCAUUGACUUCCAGACCGUCCAGGACAGCACCAUCACGCUCAGAGACCGUGACUCGACCAAGCAGGUCCGCGCCGACGAGGACACCAUCGUCGCGGCGAUCCAGAGCCUUGUUACGGGCGCCAAGGAGUGGAAAGACAUUGCGGCUGAGCUUCCUGCGUUUGAGGGCCAAGAGGUUGAUGUUGCCGUCCGGUAG